UUUUGACAAUGAAUAAUUGGCUGCAAAACAUAAAAGGACAAAUUACUGAAUUAGCAACAGAAGUUUUAAACGACGCAACAGAAGAAGGUCAAGUAUCAACAACUAGUGAACUACAAAUUGAAAAGAAAAAAUCAACAGAAUGUGAACGUUUAUAUUUGGUUGAAAAAUCAAAAUGUGAAGCUUUGGAGAAAAAAUUGGUGGAAAUGGAAGAACAACUUUAUAGUGUAAAUAUUGAAAAUGAUGCCGUUAAAGAAAAAUUUAUGGCCAUUGUUGCGGAUAGAGAUGAAAUGAUUAAAAAAUUGGAGGUUUUCUUUUAUUAA